AUGCAGAAUAAUUAUUAUUCAACAUCUGCAACCCCUCAAAGAGUACCAUUAGGUUCUGAUAUGAAUUAUCUCUAUUUAAGUCCAUCUCAACAACAAGUAAAUCGUCAAGGAAUAUUUCUUAAACGUAGUGAAAAAAUUGAUUGGCGUCGAGUUGCCGCAGUUGAUGUUGAUCGUAUUGCACGUGAUAUGGAUUUUCAAACAUUACAAGAUAAUCUUGAAAACAUAACAUUGUGUAAUAUUGAUGCUGAAGUUGAUUCACGAACUAUGGAUCCAAAUUUUGUUAAACUUUAUAAAAUGGCUCAAUUAACAAUUGAAUAUCUUCUACUGUGCCAAGAUCAAAUAACAACUCAAUUAGCUGAUUACGAACAAUUGAAAAGUAAAGGUUUUCAUGAUCAAGAAUAUACUCAACAACAAAUCAAAAAAUUAAAAGAUGAAUUAGCUGACACAAAAAAAGAAUCAAAAAAACGACGAAAAAUGCUUGAAACACAACAAAGAAUGUUAAUGGCACAAAAUUCAAAUUAUCAUACGUGUCCAGUUUGUACACAUGCAUUUUUAAGUAUUAAUUUUUUACAAGCACAUAUUAAUCGUCGUCAUCCAGAUUAUGAUUACAGUAAACGACGUGAGCAUGAUGUUGAUAUUGAAAAAGAAAUUCAACGUCUUAAAGAUGAAUUAAAUAAAAAAGAUACUGAAUUACAAAUAAUCAAAGUUCAAAAAACAGCUGCUGAAGAAAAAAUUGGAGAUCGUGAUACAAAUAUUAGUCAACUUAAACAAGAAAUUCAAACAUUAACGACAAAAAUAACAAUAGAUGAUAGAUUUACCCAAAUGAAAUCACAUUCUCAUACACGAUCACCUUCACCUCGUCAACAUGAAGCAGGUUCUUCAGAAUUAAUCAAAGAUAAUAAAAAUUUACGUGCUGAUAUUGAACAACUUAAACAAUUACUUCAACAAGCAGAAAAACAUAAACGACGUGUUGAACGUGAUAACGAAAAUCUUCGAAGAGAAAUGGCAAAUCUAAAAGAUAAUCUUGAAUUACUUAAAAAAACACCAGGCAAUGCAGGUGAUUUAACAAAUGAAUUAAUUACUUUUCAAAAUCGAUAUAAUGAAGAAAGAAUACAUCGUAAGAGAUUAGAAGAAGAACUUCAAGAAGCUAAUGAUCAACUAGCUCAAUUUCGAAAUGAACGACCAUCAACACGUCCUACUAGUUCAUCAGUUGAACCAUCAGUACAACCUCGACCAUCUCGACCAAUACCAACAAUAGAUAUAUAUUUAUCUGAAUAUUGUCCAGAUCUUGUUGAACGAUUAAAAGAUAAUCCAAAAUUUUUAACAAAAUAUCGAGAUGAAGCAAAAAGACAAUUAACUCAAGAACUUGAAGAUUAUGAAAGUUUAGGAAUUUCUGAAACUGAUACUCGUCUUACUGAUCUUGAUUUUCGAAUUAAAAUGGAAAGUGUUUUACAAACAAGACGUAAUAUUCAAAAUGAUUUAUCAAAUUUCGAACGUAUUCGUGCUAAUAUUAGUCGAAUAUUAGAUAAACGUAUUAAUGAACGACUUGAUGUUCGACAUAGCAUUACAUCUGUACGUUCAACUGGUAGUAAAUUAGUUACGUUUGAAGAUGAACAUCAACGACCAAAAAAAACUUUAAUUGAUCAACGUAGUCCUAUAACAACAACAGUUCCAUCAAAAUCAAAAUAUGAUCAUAGUCGUCCAACAAUAAAAAAUGAUUCAGAUGAUGAUGUUACAAUAUCUAAUGCGAACGAAAGUGAUGAUGAUGAAGAUACACAACCAACACAACCAGGAAUUAUAUCUGAUAUUCAUCCAUCGCCAAGAAAACAUGUUCCACCAUCUACAACAAAAAAUGGUAUUAGUUCAUUAGUUGCAGCAAGUAUGAGACCAACAACAACAAAUCAAACAUCAACUAUUUCUGCUCUUCCUCGUCAAUCAACAGUUAAAACAAUAUCAACAACUAAAUCGAAUUCAGAUAGUGAAAGCGAAAGUGUAGUACCACCUACAUCAACAACUGGACCUUAUUCAAUGACUGUAACGGAAAAAAAACGUUUUAUCGAACAAAAAUUACAUGAAGCCAGUAAAAAAGGAGAAAAACCAACUGUUAAUUCUAUUGCACAAGGAUUUCGACCAUCUAGAAACUCACUUGCUACUCAAAACGAUGAUGAUGAUGAUGAUCAAAGUGAAUCAUUUACAACAGUAAAUACAAAUCCUGCACAAAAACCAUCGAAUGGUCAUUUGCCACAACCAUCAGGCCGAGAAUCAGUAAAUAACAAUCUUUUAUCAUCAGGUGAUGCUUCUCAACAUACUUAUGACUCUCUAUGGAAAUCGCAAGCUGGUAAAGGUGUUGAGUUACGACGACCACUAACAGCUGAUUCGGCUAAAACUUCGAUAAUAGAUUCUGAUGAUCACCAAGAUGAAGAAGAUUCGAAUUAA